AUGUGCAAUACCAAGAUGUCGUCCUCCCUUACGGAUGCCGCUUCUGUCACCACUUCGGAGCAAGAGGCGCUGGUUAAGCCAAAGCCCCUGCUGCUGAAGGUGUUAAAGCUAGCUGGUGCGGAGAAGGACACUUUUACUAUGAAGGAGGUAAUAUUCUAUCUUGGACAAUAUAUUAUGUCUAAGCAAUUGUAUGAUGAAAAACAGCAACAUAUUGUACACUGUGCAAAUGAUCUCCUGGGGGAUUUAUUUGGAGUAACCAGUUUUUCAGUAAAAGAACACAGGAGACUAUAUUCAAUGAUAUCCAGAAAUCUGAUAGCAAUCAAUCAACAAGACUCUACCCUUGCUGACACACCUGAGGAUGAUAGCAGAUUGCAGCUCGAAGAAGAAAAUGUUCUUAAGGAAUCUAUGCAAGAGUUAGAAGAGAAGCAGACUUCAUCAAACCUGGCUUCACGACCAGCUACAUCUUCUAGGAGGAGAACACACAGUGAAUCUGAAAAUUCUUCAGAUGAUCUGCAUAGCGACAGAAGAAAACGCCACAAGUCAGACAGCAUUUCCCUGACCUUUGAUGAAAGUCUCUCAUGGUGUGUAGUCAGUGGUCUGUGCCGGGAAAGAAGCAAUAGCAGUGAUUCAACAGAUUCUCUUUCCAUUCCUGAUCUGGAUGCCAGUUCCUUAAGUGAAAACUCUGAUUGGUUUGACCACAGUUCUGUUUCAGACCAGUUCAGUGUAGAGUUUGAAGUUGAGUCUAUUUAUUCAGAAGACUAUAGCCAUAAUGACGAAGGACAGGAGCUCACAGAUGAAGAUGAUGAGGUCUAUCAGCUGACUAUUUACCAGGAUGAAGACAGUGAUGCUGAUUCUUUUGAUGAAGAUCCAGAGAUCUCUCUAGCUGAUUAUUGGAAGUGUCCCGAAUGUAGCGAAAUGAACCCUCCGCUUCCAAGGCACUGCCACAGAUGUUGGGCCCUUCGUGAGGACUGGCUUCCAGAAGAAAAGAGGGACAAAUUGGAAAAGAGCAAGUCAGAAAGUUCCUUCCCCCUAGAAUCUGAAGGCUUUGAUGUUCCUGACGGCAAGAAAGUGCAAACAACCGAAGAGAAAGAACCAGCUGUGGAGGAGACCAAGGACAAAGCAGCACAAAUUUCUGAGUCCCAGGAAAGUGAAGACUAUUCCCAGCCAUCAACAUCCAGCAGCAUGUUCUGUAGCAGUCAGGAGGACUAUAAGGAACCUGAGAAGAGGGAAAUGCCAGACAAAGUGGAAAGCACGGAAUCCAGUCUGCCUGUUAGCAGCAUAGAGCCCUGUGUCAUAUGUCAGAGCAGACCCAAGAAUGGCUGCAUAGUACAUGGCAAAACAGGACACCUCAUGUCUUGUUUCACGUGUGCCAGGAAGCUGAAGAAGAGGAACAAGCCCUGUCCGGUGUGCAGACAGCCCAUCCAAAUGAUUGUACUAACUUAUUUUAGUUAGGUGGAGAGCAGCAAAAGCCUUUUCAUAAACUGCUGAACAGAAUAAGAUGCUAUUUUUGUAUGCUGAUUGGAAAAAUUAAUAUUUUGGGUCUCUCAAUGUUUGGUAUGAAAAAUAAUUGCUGAAAGAAAUUCACUGGAGUGAAGAGGUUAGCUUGGCAUUCAGAAGGCAAGUUGAAGGUUUUAAGUCCUUCUCAAUAGAAAUAAGUAAUUCCUGUGAGCUACCUCCCUCUCCAGUAGGUGAUGUUCCAUACAAGUUAGUGAGAUUUUGUUUUCCUGGAGUAAAUACACACAUUAAAAACCCAAAUUCAAUUGUUAGGAGAAGAGAGAGACACGUGGAAGAGUUCAUUCACAUGAGUUCCUCCUCUUAAGACAAAGAAAAUUCUUCAUGUUCCAGUGUCAUUUGUUUGGUGAAGACAGCAGUAAGUCAAUAAAAUAAAUAAACAGAAUCUUGUCUCCCUCAUUCCCAAAACUUCAGUUCCUGCAAGUAACCAAAUUCUGAGGGAGAUCUUACCAUGAAGUGAGGGAAGAUGUGAUAGAAAAUUGUUUAAGGUUUGGGAAAUAGGGAAGGGUGCUGUGUGUCUCUUUUUUUAGAGUGUGCAUUGCCAACUUCAGGGCUGUGUGUGUCCUGAGAAGUCAUUGAUUCAAGUUCAGUCUUAACAGUUGUCUCUUAAAUGUCCUGAUAAAAACUGCCUCUUAAAUGCUAUGUAGGUUUGGAGGUCUGUAUUAUCCAGAUGAUUUUUUUUUUUU